AUGGCAAAAUAUAAAUUAGGAAAUUGGGCAGCAAUGAUUGGUAUGGCUGCAUGUUGGAUUUUAAUUGCAGGUGGUAUCAUGGGAUUAUGGUACCCAAGACAAUAUAUUGCUAUUUAUUCAAUUUGUGUCGGAGGUGUUUUAUAUCCAUUAUUAUACCCAAUCAAAUUUUUGGGCCCAUUAAAAGCUAUUUUUCAUCAAUACUAUGUCGCUGCAGCAUUAACAGGAGGACUUAGUGUUUUAUGUUAUUUCUUAUUACCAACUGUUAUAGGAGGAAUUGCAUUGGAUUUAAGUGCAAUUGUAUUUUUAUGGGCAGCAAUUAGAGGCGAAAAGGGUGAUUACUUUGAUAAAAAUGAUUAG